AUGACGAGGAAACCAAAUCUGAAAUGUAAGGAAAUGCAAGCUAUUAUUCAAAGCAAGUUCCAUUACAAGGUUUCAUCGUCAAAAUGUUAUAGAGCAAAGUGUAUGGCAAUUUCUUUAAUAGAUGGAAAGUUGAGUGAUCACUAUGCAAAAGUUUGGGAUUAUGGACAUGAACUAAUGAGGUCCAAUCCAGGGAGUACAGUUCAAAUAUUUGUCACUGUAAACCCUGAUAACACUACUACUUUCCAUAGAAUGUAUACAUGUUUUAAGGCUAUCAAAGAAGGAUGGAAACUUGGUUGUCGAAGAGUUAUAUGGCUUGAUGGGAGUUUUUUGAAAGGACAAUGUAAAGGUGAGCUGCUAACUGCCAUAGGGAGGGAUGCAAAUAACCAUGUGUAUCCCAUUGCUUUGGCGGGUCUUUUGGAAGCUGUAAAGGUUGUAUUGCCACAUGUGGAACACAGACAAUGUGCAAGACAUGUGUAUGCAAAUUUUAGAAAGGUCUUUAGUGGUAUAGAGUUCAAGAAUAUGUUUUGGACAGUUGCCAAGUCAACUGUUGAAGGAGGCUUCAAAUUGAAUAUGGAGAAGAUCAGAGAAGUCAAUCCUGCUGCUUAUGAUCAUUUGAUGGCAAGGGAGCCUAAAUCUUGGUGCAGGGCAUUUUUUAAAGGUGGAAUGGCAUGUGAGGCUAUUGAAAAUGGAAUGGCAGAGUGUUUUAAUGCCAUCAUACUUGAUGCCAGAAAGAAGCCUUUGUUGGCCAUGUUUGAGGAGAUUAGACUAUGUAUGAUGGAAAGGUUAUUUAACUUGAAGCAAGAAGCAUGUAAAUGGGAAUUGUAUGUCCAUCCUAGUGGUUUGAAUGCUUUUGAAGUGAGAAAUGGCUUCCACUCAUAUGGAGUGAGCUUAGAGGGGAUGUAUUGUACAUGCAGACUUUGGGAGUUAUCUGGGAUCCCCUGUGUCCAUGCCCAAGCAACCAUAAUUUACACACAACAGGAUCCAGCUAGAUUCAUUAGCACAUGGUUUGUUAAGGACAAGUUCUUAGCUACUUAUGAGUCUAAUAUCCUUCAUGUUAAUGGCAGUAAUAUGUGGGAACCAACACCUUACACCAAACCACUACCACCUACUGAAAGAAGGAUGCCAGGAAGGCCUUGUAUGAAAAGGAAACGGCAUGUCUCUGAGCAUCAAGAUAGGUUCUCCCAAGUCUCCUCUAAUGGUAGAACUGUCCAAUGUCAGAAUUAUAUGUAA